AUGUACAGCCGCUCCCCCGAUAGGCGGCGCCGGCAAAAAGCGGCGCGCGCGUCGUUCCGAGUCGAAAACGAACACAAUCAGGAAGCGAUGCCACAAUACUUUCAGAUAUUAGUGAAUGUGCUGGAAGCCCGAAAACUGGCGUGGUCGAAUCCACACUCGGCCAACUCAUACGUGGUUGUAGUCCUCGGUAAAAAGAAGUACCGAUCCAAUAUCAGAAGGAAUAUGGAUGAGCCAUAUUAUAAAGAGUCAUUCAUGUACGAGAUGUACGCCAGUAUCCAGGACCUGCAAAGGUCUAGCUUGUGGCUGGCGGUCAUGGAGCCCAGGUGUUGUGCACCUUCGCGGCUGAUAGGCGAGGCCACGAUUGACUUGGGCACAAUAUGGGCUCAACCACAUCAUCAAGUAUUCCACAAGUGGGCUCAACUGACGUUGCCGAGGGAUCCAACAGCAGGGCCGGUCGGUUUUCUAAAAGUUGAUAUUUCAAUCAUAUUUCGUGGAGAAGUACAAGUCAUGCCUGCUAUAUUGAACCAACAAAAUGUUGAUGGGAACCUCCUUCUCUCUUCAACUUCUGAACAGCAAACUGCUAACUACCUCAUCACGGUGUAUGGUGCCUUUGGGCUGCCCAGUGGAACCCACUGCCACGGCGACAGGAGAUAUGGGAAAUUGCCCAGCACCUUUGUCAGAGUUUCUUUCUGUGGACUUGCGGUAAAAACCGCAGUCCAGCACCGCAGCGACCACCCGAUGUACUGCGAGCAGGUGUCCAUCGUGGAGAUGUUCCCAAACUUAUGCCAGCUCAUCCGAUUUGAGGUGUGCUCGGCCGAAGGGUACUUCAACAGGGUCCUGGCCAGCACGCAUCUGAAGAUGGCGCUGGUGUCGCAUGAUGGGGAGAACGGUUUUCUCCCUACCUUCGGGCCAUCCCUCCUGCACAUGUACGGAACCUCAAGCGGCGGCACCAUGGGGACCACCGGCGAGGACGGGCCCUUCCACAGAGGGGCACUACUGGUAUCCCUGAAGACCAUCGUGCCGUACUACCAGCAAGGAGUCCGGAGUACUAGUGUGGAACCAGUCACUCCUGUAAAGCCUGAUCAUCUGUGGGUCAUGGAGGAUUUCUGCGUAUACUGCCCCAUAUUUGAGGUGUCCAUGCUCGACCGGCGAGUCUCUGGGAAGUUCUGCGGAGUUGCUAUUACUAUAGGCGAAAUAAAUGCUGACAAUGGCGGCGAUGAAGAUUUUGCAACAAUGCAGAGUGAAAUAAAAGCCCGUAAACUCCACUACACUGGUACUAUGGACGUGUUGAAGUCGAAGCCAGCGUACGGCUACUUGGACUUUCCUAAUGGGUACCCAGUGCUGCAACUGGCCACUCGCCUUCCAGACUUCAGGUUCAGAAUGUACAGGAACAAUAUGGUGCACGGCAUUGUUGCUGAUUUGGAAUUAUCCAUAUCAGAUGUCGAACGUCGUCUCAAGAACUAUGAGUACUCGACUCCAAAUGACCUGGUGGAUGAGCUGAACAAAGCUCUAGAUGACGCUGCAGCGAAUAUCAUCAAGUUCCUGGACAUCGUCCAGUAUUCCGGGCCUGCUAGCAGCACUGAUGACGUCAUGAGACAGUAUAGCACUGAGCUGGAUCAGAAGCAGCUCGCUUUGCAGAAAGAGGAGAUGGAAAAAAUAUACCAGCAAAUAACGAAGAAAAUUAAAAGCGGGUCGACAUUGAACUUAAUACGUACAAUACAUAAAGGCGAUAACGGGUGUGAAACGAAGAAAGGCGUCAAAAUAAUGUUGGCAGAAGUUAGGGCAAUGACGACUAAUCUAAGAAAUCUUAUUUACAAGACUUCUGAAGGCUGGCCAGAUUUAGUCGUGUGGCUUUUGAAUGGUGGAUCCAGGGUAGCGUAUACCAAGAUACCUACUGCGGAGAUUAUACACUCGGUGAUCCCCGAACAAAGCGGUAGGGAUUGCGGGAGGGUUCAGACUGUGUAUGUGAAGCCACUAAAAUGUCCUAAGCACGUGAACACUCUAGCAACCGGUUGCUAUUGUAUAGCUGGUAAGAUCGAGCUGCUUCUGUGGAUGGGGCUGUACCGACAGAACUCAGGGUUCGAGAACAGCCUUCCAGGCGGACUCAAGUUGCGUGUCAAGGAUUAUGAGAUGGUCGUCAAGAGUACUGUCAUGAUGCUGGAGUGUCGGGUGUUCAUAUACCGGGCGAAAAUCAACAACAUCAUAGACAACUCGAACGUCUCUUAUGUGUUUGUCAGAGCGAAUGCGAUGAAUUCUGUGAAGGAGACAAAAGUAAAGCAAAAAACAUCUACUCCGGUUUGGAACCAGGUCAUCAGAAUUCAAAGAAUGAUUUUCACUACGACGGAAAAGCUGGUAGCCAGUCCCCCUGUAGCGCUUAUUGAAGUUUACGAGAAUGAACUAUCGGACAAGAAUGACCUGAUUGGUCGAUUCCAAAUUCAGCCUAUUCUAGACGAUAGACAAAGCUUUGAACAUGCUCCAAAACUGCAGUGGUACGAGCUUUACAAGGGCGUAGAACUUACUGGACAGAUCCUUAUGUCAGUGCAGUUAUUGCAGGUUCCAGAAAGGCUUAUGAAGACCACAAUUUAUUCUCCGAUAGAGGAAACUUUUUAUGCGUCUGGAGUUAAAGAAAUAGAUGCAAAUGGAGAAGAAGUGGAAUCCUUACCAACCAGCCUUAUACCUCAGUCUACUACGUACAAGGUCGAUGUGUAUUGGUGGGGUCUCCGUGACGUCAACAUCACUAGGAAACCGUGUGCUGUUCUCCAAAUAGAUGAGCUUACAAUAAAGUCUGACAUAAUUUGCGAUAAAAAACCCAAUUGCAAUUUCCCCAACGGACGCAUCUCUCAGACUUUUGAAGGCCCUUUAAAUGAAGCUUACAGGUCAAAUUUGUCUGUCAAGUUAUACGACAGCGGUACUUUUGGUCGAACCAUGUUCCUCGGAACAAACGUCAUGAAGAACCCUAACAAGUACAUUGUGAACUGGAUCGCCAAGAGUGAGAGAGAGGCAUCUCUGAAAUCAGCAUCUAUUACGUCGUCAAACUUUUUACAAGUGAACCACAUGACCUUCAUCAAGAAGAGCAAUUCUUCUAUAGACGAUAAUGACGAGUUUACCAGCAAUGUUUCUAUAAGAAGUAAUAGGGUUCGCUGCAAAGUGAAACAGUCUGCUUGGAGCAGGUUGUUCAGCAGAAAACCAGCUGAAGAAGAAUACGUUCUUCUUCCAAUGUUUGCUAAAGAGAAGGAUCAAAUAAAAGUAGUAAAAAAGAGUUUGAGACAACCGGAGCAGAAAGAUUGGUGGCUCAGAUAUUUUUGUUCAGAAAAAAUAUACAGUUCAGAAUUAGAGCGCCAGCCAGAGUUCUCAAAGUUCAAAGACUGGUGUUCUGCCUUGAAGUUCUACAACGGUAUGAAGUCCGGCAUCCCGGAGAAGGAUGAGCAAUUAUACUGCGGCUUCCUCAAGGUCGGGAUAGCGAUGUACAAGUGGCCUCCGCCGAGCGACACCGUCGCCGUCAGCCCCAGCGGGGUGGAGUUGAAUAACGGAUACUUUGACGAUAUGCCUAGCAACGAUCCAACCCAAUUUCUGGUGAGGGUAUAUUUAGUGAAAGGGAUGGACCUCAAAACAAAAGACUUCACGGGACAAUCUGAUCCGUAUGUUGUGCUCAACUGUGGCAAGAAACGAAUGGGGAAUAGGGAGGAAUUUGUCAAAAACACCGUUAACCCCAUAUUUGGGAGAAUGUAUGAGUUUCGAUGCACAAUACCUGAAGACUACCGUCUGAAGGUUUCUCUCUAUGACUACGAAGCUAUUCAACCUGAUGAGCUGAUCGGUAGCACAGAAAUAGACUUAGAGGACCGGAUCUAUACAAAGCAUAGAGCUCGUAUCGGAUUGUCAUCAGAAUAUAACCUAACGGGUCCUUACAAAUGGAGAGAUAGCAUGAAACCUUCUGAAAUCUUGGAGGAGUUGUGUUUGAAGAACCAUCUAGCAUUGCCUGUAUACCCUGAUAUGAACACUGUUAUUUUGAAUGGAGUGGAGUACAAAGAUAGCGAAAAAGAUAAAGCAUACAUUUCAACUUCAGAGCGAAAAGAAAACAUCUGCUUGAGCCUCCUUCAUAAGUGGCAUACAAUGCCAUUGUGUGGUUACCAUCUUGUGCCUGAGCAUGUAGAGACUAGGAUUCUAUCGAAUCCUGAGAAGACUGGAGUUGAACAGGGUAAAAUAGUAAUGUGGGUAGAUAUGUUCCCACUUGACACAGAGCUGUACAUUCCGCCACCAGUAGACAUCACCCCGCGGAGCGUUGAGGAGUAUGAACUAAGGUUGACUGUUUGGGAUGCUCAGAACUUGAAGCUGGAUGACGGUUCGACCACCAAUAAGAAAGCACCGGACAUUUAUGUGAAAGCAUGGAUAGGUUCUACCAGUCAGGCACAGGAUACAGAUAUUCAUUACCGCUGUACGAAUGGCGAAGGAAAUUUUAAUUGGAGGAUGGUCUUCAAUUUUCAAUACCAGCACGUUGAAAGGAAGAUUGUCGUAAAAGAAAAAGGACCUUUUACUGAAUAUGAAGAACGCGUUCCACCAGUUCUUGUUGUCCAAGUCAUGGAUUCAGAAGCUGUCUUGGCUGAUGAUUUCUUAGGCACAUUAACACUGGAUCUUAACGCUCUGCCCAGAGGAGAGAAACUAGCUCGUCAAUGUACUCUGGAAGCAAUGGAAAAGGCGAAGAAAAUGAAUUUAUUUUCAAUGAGGUCGAUCAGGUGCUGGUGGCCUCUUUGGACAAUCGAUUCUAAUACUGAUAAGAAAACUCUUGCGGGGGUAAUUGACAUUGAAAUGACAUUACUACCUAAAGAGAAGGCUGUGUUGAUGCCAGUUGGAUUGGGAAGAAGUUCUCCCAAUCCUUUACCAGAACCAAAGCGUCCAAGCCUAUCUUCAAUUAUUAUGAACAAGCUCUGGAGCCCUGAUGAAAGUCUUCAACUAACCAUGAAAGUUGUAGCUAUUCUGAUAAUCCUGGUGUUAAUAUUACUGGCUGCGAUAUAUUUUGAUGUUAUGCCCGACAUUGGAUUUCAAAAGUGGACAAGAUUUGUUUUCCGAAAGACCGAAAAAAGAAUAAAACGUGAAUACCCCACAAAAAUGAUGAGAAGCUACCAAAUAAGUUAGUUCAAUCAAAUCAAUGAGAAUAAUUAACGCUUGUGAAUUUGUUUAAGUUGUACAAUGUUUUCUAUGUAGUACAUACUUAUUUAUUUUUAA